AUGAAAAAGUUUACCUCUCAUAACACUAUUCACAUGGUAAAUUGAUAGAAUAUAUAUUUUUUUAGAGUUACCUUGAAUUCAAAACCAUAAAUAAAUUUCAACAAAACCUGAGUUUAAAAGAACUUCAAUAAUUAUAUUUAGAUUAGCCACGAAUGUGUAAAUUAAUUAAAAUUAGAACACUCAAGAAAAUAGGGAGAAGAUUAUAAUGUAAUAUUACUCUGAGAAGGUAGAACAAGAUGAAGAGUAAACGUAGAUGAGCUUUACAAUGUUGUAUUGGAUCUAUAUUUGGAAAUCAUAUUGUUAUAAAUAAUAUAUCAAAAUUUUUAUUUUAGUUAUGAAUAAAUCUUCGAGUAGCAGUCCAAAACAUCAACAAUCUAAUAAUGCAAGGUCCAAUAAAUAUAGAAACCUUAUAAAAAAUUCUAACUUAUAACAGACUCAUACAUAAAAAGAAGUAGAUGAGUUGUUAAUUGCUUCACCUUUAUAAUCUUUCUCUGCUCCAAGAGGUCAGAAAUUCAAAGCAUCUUUUAGCAAGUUUUUGGCAGGAAAUAUAGAUACUAAAUAAUUGAUUGAUCACAGCAAUUUUCCAACAACAAUAGACAAAAUGAAUGACAAAUAUGAGUAUGUUAAAUCUCAUAAAGAAUCUGUUAGCUCAUUCAAAGAUUAACUAAUUAAUAAAGAACAUUUACAAUUGAACUUGUUAGAAGAGAAAUUAGCCAAAUUGAAGAUUGCAAGUAGCAAAAUGUAGGUUGAAAACAAGAGAGAAAGACUUUAUGAAUUAUCAUUGCAAGUAAAGAAGGACAAAAGAAAGUUGUCAAAAUAAGAGAACGCUUUAUUGAGAUGGAAGAAAAUUAAAGAUGUUAGUAAAUAUAUUUAAGAUAGGUAAUACAAAAAAAUAUACAGUUAAGAAGGAUGAUAAUAGAAGAAAAAAGAAAGUAAACCAAAUUUUUGGAUAAUUUAGAGAUUGCGUUUCAUAAGUCCUCUGAGUUCUAUAUUUAGAAUUUAAGAUUCCAUUAAUUGCGUACAAUGACAGUGUUCAAAGAAAAAAAGCUUUUUCAAUCCAAUCGCUAAAAUAUAAGUCCCAGACAUUAUCAUUUUAUGUUAAGUUUAUAGUUUAAAGAAAACUCAGACAAUUUCUUAUUUACUCGACUUACAACAAUACCCGAACAUAUCUAAAAUCAGAUGAAAAAUAACGAUUAAAUUUAUGAUAGAAUAUUAAAUCUUUAUUUAAAUAAAAAAGACAUAUAUUUGUAAUGGGUUUAGGAGUAAAAAUAUAGAAAGAUUAUCAAUUGGAAAUAGAGUAAAUUGCAAGCACCAAAUGAUCUACAUUCAAAUCCUGUAUCUGCAUUAGGUUCAAAGAAGAGUAAACCAAUGCAAAGAGUAUUGAAUCCUUUUUAAUAAACUUAAAAAGUUAAAGAUUACAAAAGCAAAUUAAUUGAAUAAGUUAAUGAUGUUGAGUACAUAGAUUAAGACUCUAAGAGUCAAUUAAAAUAACUUUUACAAAAGAGUACCAAAAAGAAGAAUUCAGAGGGUGUUAUCAAACAUAAUAGAUUUCUAUCCUAUCCUACUAAUCCCAAUAAUGAUUAGAUUGAUGAUUUCUAAGAUAAUCUAUCGAAUGCCUCUAUAACAGAAGCCUUAUUGGAUCAAUUGUAUUCAGGAGCUAACUCUUUAUAAUAGAAAAUUAACAAUAACAAAGGAUUAACCUUUUAGAGGAAAGUCCGGGAUUAUUUGAGAUUAGAAGAAAUUAAAUUAUAAACUAUUCGCGCUAAUAAUUUAAAACUAAUCCCAAAAUAAAAUGAUUAAAUUAAAUGA